UGGACGUGUCAGGGCUACUGGGUAUGCUAUUACUUGAAAUGUUAUUUAUUUAGUUACACAAAUAAAAUCGUAGCUAAUUUGCAUUUUAUGAUUUGUAGGUUCCUCACCAGGGCAUCUCAACUGUUCGGCAGGAAGAAAAGGGAAGUGUCUGAUGUUGUGGCUCGGCAAGCGAAGGAGAUUGAAAAAUUAAAAGUCGAAGUCCAAUCCCUUAAGCAGCAGAGAAACGCUGCCGAACAAGAGGAAGAAGGAGAGGUGGCUGGUGAGGCGUAUGUUCCACAACCAUACGCUCCUCAGGAUGAGGUACAACCACAAACUUAUGCUGAGGAGUUUAUUUCCCUCAACGACCAAGGUAUCCUGUACAAUUUCGAUGACCAUGCGGCCCUUAAUCAGCAAGUACAUCUCUUCUCUGACAACAUCGACAACAUUGUGGCCCGAGCGUAUUUGUACGAGCAUGUUGGUAUGAUCAAAGUUCACUGCCAGGAGUACGAUAAUUCACAUGCCCGGAUUAUGGUUUCGGAAAUCCUGCAAGAGGACGCUGAAAUCCCAGUCCCAAUUGAAGAGUGCAGAUAUGUUAGGGACGUAUACCAGAUGUUCCUUCCUUGGCCUAAACACUUAAUUUUAACAACCGAGGGUCCACUCGCUCAACCGCCCUCAAGACGUGAUGCGUCAAAGGGGAAAGCUCCGAUGCUUUCUCCACAAGGCCGUGGUGCACGGGAAGAUGACUUGUUCACGGAAGAGAAGAUGGCGUUGAUCUCUAAUUCGCUAAAAUGGAUGAUGCAUGAAUUCCUGAGGCUCAAAGAUAAACGUGAUAUAAUCACAAUUCCUGUCCCCCGAGGAUUCAUUGCACCGCGUACCCAGAUCACGUUAUCUAGAGAGGAUUUGCAGCAGGUUGCUACGUGUGACUACAUCGGCAACCAGGGAAUGCUGUUUGGAAUGAUGUAUACUCUUCUUUAAUCUAAUUAACCUUAUAUCAAAUUAUAGUUAAAUUAUUAUAAGACACUAACAAUUUUUUUGGCAGGCACAUAUGGGAGAGCAUCAACGGUCUGAGAAAAUUUUUCAAGUUUUACGACCUAGAGCUUCUCAUAGUGCAUGGGAUCAACGAUGAAGAAAAGAGUCAAUCUUUUGACGAUGCGGCAAGACGAUUGGCUAAUUGGUUAUCAUUAAUGAACAACAACCACCAAAUGUUCUUUAUUCCUUGGAAUAUCGGGUAAACUUUAUUAAAUUCUUUAGUGCUAAUUGUUCAUUUCUAUAUUAUGUCUUCAAAUUAUUUUUAUACUAUCUUACUUAUAUUCCAAUAUAAUUUUUUAGGAUGCAUUGGACGCUAGUGGUGGUUACGCCAAGGAAAAUUAUCCAUUUAAACCCUAUAAGUGGCCGCCCAAUUCCCGAAGUAAUAGAACAAAUGAUCGGAAGGUAAUAAUUUAAUGACUUCUUAUGUAACGAAUUUAAAUUAACUAACGAAUUGAAAUGCUAAUAUAAUUUUCCCAAACAGGGCAUUCAUGUAUAUAGGGAACGCACAUGAGUAUCUUGGCCCGUGGCAAGGAAUUAACCAAGCAAACUGUCCAAGACAACCUAAAAGCCAAGAAUGCGGUUUUUAUGUUUUGAAAUAUAUCACCGACAUCGUCGCACGUGCCAACCCCAGCCGUUACAUACAAGAUCAAAAAGCUGUAAGUUUUAAUUAUUGAUUAUAGUAUAUAAAUUCUAUAAUAACAAAUAUAUAAUAUACAUAUACAUAAACUAAUAUAAAUUUUUAAUUUUUUUAACAGUUUGGGGGUAAGAAGCAAUACGAUCCAAAAACAGAAUUGUUACCACUACAACGAAAGUGGAUCGAACAAUUGAUGGCGGUGAUUCACGGUGACGAUUGAGGUUGAAAGGUCGAAGAAUUUUUCUUCAUUAUGUAAUUUUUAUAGAUUAACUUGUAGUUAGAUUUAUUAACUUAUUAAUAUUUUUAACUAAUUUUACAUUAGUGUUUGUGUAAUAUUUAAUUACUUUUAUGAAAUUAAAUUAUGUAUUUUACCCAAAUUUAAAUAAUAUUUAAUUUACAUUUUAAAAAAUAAAUAGGUAAUUUAAAUGAAAUAAAAUAAUA